AUGGGUUCCAAUAGUGCCAUAUGCUGCAUCCUUGUUUUCAUUUUGAUGGUGCUGAAUUCUGUUUAUCAAUAUUCUGCAAUUGAAAUUGAAGCAAGCCAGACAGCAUUGCUUUUUGUUAAUACUUCUGAAGCAUCAGCAAAGGAAAUACCUGAAAACUUGUUUGGCAUAUUUUUCGAGGAGAUUAACCAUGCUGGAGCUGGAGGAUUGUGGGCUGAGCUUGUUAGCAACCGAGGUUUUGAAGCUGGGGGCCCCAAUACACCUUCAAACAUUGAUCCCUGGUCUAUUAUUGGGGAUGAAUCAUCGUUAAUUGUAUCAACAGAACGUUCAUCGCGCUUUUCUCGAAAUAAAAUUGCUCUGCGAAUGGAGGUGCUAUGUGACAAUGAAGGCACAAGUAUCUGUCCAGCUUGUGGAGUUGGUAUUUAUAACCCUGGGUUCUGGGGCAUGAAUAUUGAACAAGGGAAAACCUAUAAAUUGGUGUUCUAUGUUCGUUCAGAAGGAUCAAUUGAUUUGUCUGUGUCCUUGAUGGGUUCAGAAGGAUUGCAGACAUUGGCUACGGCUAACAUUAAAGCUUCUCAUGUAUCAAAUUGGACAAAGAUGGAGGUUUUAUUGCAAGCACUAGGAACUGAUGCAAAAUCAAGACUUCAGCUCACUACGACCAAGAAAGGUGUUAUUUGGUUUGAUCAAGUAUCAUUGAUGCCUACAGAUACGUACAAGGGACAUGGUUUUCGCAAUGAUCUUUUUGAAAUGCUGAAAGAUUUGAGACCAGGAUUUAUCAGAUUUCCAGGUGGUUGUUUUGUCGAAGGUGAAUGGUUAAGAAAUGCGUUUCGCUGGAAAGCAACUGUUGGACCAUGGGAAGAGAGGCCUGGGCAUUUUGGCGAUGUUUGGUAUUACUGGACUGAUGAUGGUCUUGGUCAUUUUGAGUUUCUCCAGCUUGCUGAGGACUUAGGUGCAGCACCAGUAUGGGUGUUCAACAACGGUGUCAGUCACAACGAUCAAGUUGACACUUCCAGCGUGUUACCUUUUGUCCAAGAAAUCCUAGACGGUAUUGAGUUUGCAAGAGGCGGUCCUCAAUCAAAAUGGGGUUCUCUACGAGCUGCAAUGGGACACCCGGAACCUUUUGAUUUGAAAUAUGUUGCAGUUGGGAAUGAGGAUUGUGGGAAGAAAAAUUAUGUUGGAAACUACCUCAAGUUCUAUAGUGCUAUAAAAAAAGCAUAUCCGGACAUCAAAAUAAUCUCAAACUGCGAUGGAUCCUCUGAACCAUUGGAUCACCCAGCUGAUAUGUAUGAUUAUCAUAUUUAUACUGGUGCAAAUAAUAUGUUUUCCUCCGCAUCAAAGUUUGACCAAGUCUCACGCAAUGGUCCAAAGGCUUUUGUCAGUGAAUACGCUGUGACUGGAAAGGAUGCUGGCAAAGGUAGUCUUUUAGCAGCUCUUGCAGAAGCUGGAUUUGUUAUUGGACUCGAAAGGAACUGCGAUGCUGUUGAAAUGGCUAGUUAUGCACCUUUAUUUGUUAAUACCAAUGAUAGAACGUGGAACCCAGAUGCAAUUGUCUUCAACUCAGCACAGGUGUAUGGAACUCCUAGCUAUUGGAUGCAGCAUUUUUUCAGGGAGUCAAACGGUGCAACUCUUCUGAGUUCUUCUCUUCAAGCUAACUCUUCAAGUUCUCUUAUUGCUUCAGCAAUUGUUUGGCAAAAAUCAGAGGAUAACAAAAAAUAUCUUAGAAUAAAGGUUGUGAAUUUUGGAAGCAACAAUGUGACUCUUAAAAUAUUUAUUGAUGGACUGGAACUGAACUCAGUACCAUCCUUUGGAUUCACAAAGACUGAAUUAACAUCUAGUAAUCUGAUGGAUGAGAAUUCUUUCCUAGUACCCAAGAAGGUGAUGCCGAUUAAAAUUUCAAUGGAGGAGGCUGGUGGCAAAAUGGACAUUCCUCUAUUAAUCACAAAAGCAGAUGACACAGAGAGCAAGCUUUACAUUGUUUAUCUUGGCGAUAAGCCACAUAAUGAUCACGAGAGAAUCACAGACUCACAUCAUGAUAUGCUGGCAAAUGUGAUUGGGAGCAGCAAAGAUGAAGCUAAGAUGCAAAUGGUGUACAGCUACAGGCAUAGCUUCUCAGGAUUUGCAGCCAAGCUCACCGAAUCUCAGGCCAAGAAAAUUGCUGAAUUUCCUGAAGUGGUUCACGUAAUUCGCAAUAGACAUCACAAGGUUCUGAAUACUCGGAGCUGGGAUUUCUUGGGUCUUUCUGCUCGUGUACCUGAUAAUCUUCUUCAUGAAUCCAAUAUGGGAGAUGAUAUCAUCAUUGGUGUUAUAGAUACAGGUAUCUUGCCAAAUUCGGCUUUCGAGGACGAGGGCUUAGGCCCAAUUCCUGCUCGUUGGAAAGGCGAGUGCAAAUCUAUAGGCAUGUUCAAUGCCUCAACACAGUGUAAUAACAAAGUCAUUGGCGCUCGAUUCUACAAAGAUGGAUUCAUAGAAGAAUUCCAAGGAAACAUUACAGAUUACUUCACGUAUUCUGAUAAUCCGUCUCCUUUAGAUGCUGUCGGCCAUGGCAGCCAUAUAGCCAGCACAGCAGCCGGGUCUUUCGUGGCCAACACCUCCUACUUCGGCCACAAUUUCGGCACAUUCAGAGGUGGCGCUCCACGUGCACAUUUAGCAAUAUACAAGGCAUGCUGGUAUGAACCAACAUUAGAAACACAAACAUGUAAUGAUGCUGAUGUGCUGCAAGCAUUCGAAGAUGCCAGUCAUGAUGGAGUUGAUAUUUUAUCCUUGUCAUUUGGGCCAACAAUGCCUUUUAUUGCAGAAGUUGAUAUGGGCAGCAAUUUAGCCAUGGCCUCUUUUCAUGCGGUGUCUGAUGGAAUCCCUGUUGUAUGUGCAGCCGGGAAUGACGGACCAGUGGGGGCCACAGUAACUAAUGUCUCGCCAUGGAUGCUAACUGUUGCUGCUAGCAACAUGGACAGAGCAUUUCAAACAAUAAUCACACUUGGAAACAACAAAACAUUUUCGGGACAAAGUCUAAUGACACGAGAUGGGAUUGGUUUCACAGAUUUAAUUUUUGGAGGGGAAUUCAACAGUGUUCCCAACGAAAACUUUCGGUUUCUACCCAGUGAAGUAGCGGGAAAAGUAGUGUUAUGUUAUCUUAUAAAAGACGGCAAAUCAAAUAUAGCUGCCUAUGCAAUGGCCGCAAAUGCUUCAGGCGCAACUGCGAUGAUUGUGGCAGUGCCCCCUGAUGACGUCACAAUAUUCCCUUUCUAUACGAGCAAUUACUCGUUAGUUGGACUGCCUGUCAUUCAAGUAGACUAUGAAACUGGAACCGAUAUUAUGAAUUAUUGUUUGACAAGUGAUGCUAAUCCUAUGGUCAAGUUGAGCUCAACAAAAGUUCUUUUGGGCAAGCCAGUGCCUGCUAAGGUUGCUGCUUAUUCUUCAAGAGGGCCCAACUCUUAUGUUCCAUCAGUACUCAAGCCUGAUAUAGCAGCACCAGGAACAUCAAUUCUAGCAGUUAAUGCACACUCAGAUUUUAUGACGGAUGGCGGAUAUAGUCUUAACAGUGGAACAUCAAUAGCAACACCUCAUGUUACAGGCAUAGUGGCUCUUCUGAGAUCAGUGCAUCCUGAUUGGUCUCCUGCAGCAAUCAAAUCAGCACUUGUAACAUCAGCAUGGAACACGGAUACAUAUGGUUAUCCCAUCUUUGCUGAGAGUAACCCAAGAAAGCUGGCAGAUGCUUUCGACUAUGGGGGUGGUAUUGCAAAUCCAAAUGGCGCUGCACAUCCAGGUUUGGUUUACGAUAUGGGCAGAAAUGACUACAUACACUACCUGUGUUCUCUUGGCUACAGCAAUGGUCUUAUAUACAAUGCUACUGCGGACAAUCCAGAAAUUCAGAAUGUUUCAGGGAUACGCGGAAUGUGCCCCAAACCAACAAUGUCCACUUUAGAUUUGAACCUACCUUCCAUUACUAUCCCAAAUCUCAAAGAUUCCAUUACUGUCAAAAGAACAGUCACAAAUGUUGGACUACCAGUGAAGUCUGUAUAUAAAGCCGUGAUCAAAACUCCGUUAGGUACAAAGGUAUCAGUUAAGCCUAAAAUCUUGUCAUUCGAUUAUGGAAUUAAGAAGAUCACCUUCCAAGUGACUAUCAAGUCGACGAAGAAGUACAAUCUUGGGUACACAUUUGGAAGCUUGACAUGGACCGAUGGCAAGCACUCUGUUAGAAGUCCAAUAUCUGUGAAAACAGAGAUAGUUCCUUUGUACUAA